UAAUGCAAUGCCGGUGAACUGCCUGUUUUAAUGUGUGCUGACAGAAAAGCGCCGGCUGACGGUAUUACGGAAGUACUAGGGCGUAUGGCAGCUGGGUGCGAUCACCGUUCUGCACCAUAAAACCUGGUUCAGGAAGUUCCUACGAGAUUUAGCGGUACUAGGACCGAGAAAGUGACAGCACAGAUAACGUACAGGCCACUGGAACGGGACACUUUACGUCGGGUGCUAAGAACGGUGCAGCAACCGAGAAAACGCCAAGUGGGCGCUGGCGGCGAAAGCUGUAGAAAUCUGGGUACCAGCGAAAGCAGGGCUUACUGGUAGCAAACCAGAACCUGGCCAGGACUAAGAAAGUCGAGGCAGGGCUAACUCCAGGUUUGUUAAAAUGAGAAAUCUGAGGCUACGGCAAGCCUGGAGUUGCUGAAAAAUGAGCCACAGGCUAACUCUGCCUUUCUCUGCUGAAACAGUGACUUCCUACGACCUAGAGAUCGCAGCCAGGGCUAGACCGGUGUUUGUCUUAAGUUGGGACUUGCUUGGGCGGAGAAAUCACAUUAUGGUUAUUCCCCGACUUGAACAGCGGGUGGAAAUUCCAGGCACCGCGAAAUCGAAACUUGCUGGGACCAAGAAGCCAGCGACGCCCGAAACCGCGGCGCCGCCACAGGACUGGGGUCCGGGGGCCGAGCCGGAGCCCGUGCGGCUGCGCUGGGAAGAGAUGGCGCCCGGCAGCGCCCCUGUCACCCGCUCGGAGGAGCGGCGGGCUCCCCCAGCCCAGGCCCGCCGCCGCCAGGGAACGCCAGGCUCGGCGCAACGGGAAGCUGCGACUCCGAAUCCCUCAGAUCGGAGACCGGAGCGCUGCGGCCACGCAGGAAAUGCAGACGCCGAGCGACAGGUCGUGCCGCGACCAAGAGACCCCGGUUCGGCGAAACGGCGGUGCCGGGCGCCUGCGAGUGACACUAGUGGCGGGGUCGUCAAGGAAAGCAUUCGUUACGGUCGAACCAACGACGCUGUCACCAAGAAACCGCUGACUCGGAAAAAAAGACGUUCCGCCACCGAGAAACUCCGUGCGACACGUGUCACUUGUGCUGUGACAGAAAAACCGCCGACUCCGCGCUGUUGGCGAAACGGGAGCCGGGUGCUGCCACCGUGACACCCGGACUAGAGGCCCUCGGAUGGCGAACGUGACGCACAGAGCGAGCAGGAAAACAUUUCCUUCCGCUCAACUAGCGCCGCCGCAACCGGAAACGUGUCGGACCAGUGCUGCCAGUGAAGUGCGUGAGAGAAACCGGCGAUCCGCGGAGGAGCCGCGUGGGGCGCUGGGCCGCGCGCGUGUGUGAAUCUAGCGGUGCUAGGACCCGGCAAGCGCGGGCUCCAGGCGAACGCCGGCAAUGUUGCCUAAAACAAAACCGCGUUCUUUUGGCUGCCAGCGAUCGCUCCCAGGCUCUGAGAAACUAGCCGGAGACCCUCGGUUCCGGGAAAGGAACGGGGCUGCGACGCAUCGAUUGGUCGCUUUCUCUGGUGCAACUUUCUCUGGUGGCCUAGUGACUAGAAAAUAAAAACAAAAACGAGCCGGG